AGACUUCCGGUAUCACCGGUGACAAUCUCAAUUAUCACUCGGGUAAUAAGUUUGCAUCAUCAUGGGUGAAAAAUCCAAUAUAACUUCAAUUUUCGCAAACUUUCAGCAAUAUCUCACAGAUGAACAGGAUCUCAGAGAGGAGAUCCGUGUGAUUGUGCGGGAGCUGGAACAGUCGGCCCGGGAGAUCCUCACACACAUUCAGACUGUCCACCAACCAGAGGGCAUCAAAGAUGUAUCGACAGUGUGCGAGCAAACGGUCUCCAUGUUUGAACAGAUCAGACAGGGAAUGACCAAUCUUGCUGUCAAAAUACCAGAAAACCAGUACUACAGGUAUAAUGACCAGUGGCGGUUUGUCAUGCAGCGUCUGGCGUUCCUGUCAGCAUAUUUGACCUACCUACAGGAUGAGUCCAUGAUCUCCAUACAACAGGUGGCACAGAUCAUAGGAGUGAAGGUGGUCAGGACCGAGGGCUUCCAUAUUGACCUUGAAGACUACUUGAUGGGGCUACUGCAGCUCGCCUCAGAAUUGUCUCGUCUGGCAGUCAACUCUGUCACAGCCGGGGAUUAUGGCCGACCAAUACGCAUUGCCAAGUUUGUAGGGGAGAUGGAUUCCGGGUUCCGUCUCCUGAACUUGAAGAAUGAUUCUCUCCGUAAAAGAUUUGAUGGACUGAAAUACGACCUCAAGAAGGUUGAAGAGGUCGUGUAUGAUCUGACAAUUCGAGGACUGAAACCUGCUGACUAAUGUACAUAUAGGUGGUCUCAUGCUAAACUUCUUAUCACUUUCUUAAUAAAAUUUAUGAAGAAA